AGCAUGGCCAAGCAUUUCUCAUUCUAUGCCCCUCUGCUUUUCCUCGUCACAUCAAGUGCUCUCAUAGUUAUGGUGGCUAGUGGCCAGUGCAAGUUUCGGAAUGGCGAUUGCACCGCCAACUGUAACUACAGAUGUGCGAGCACUGUUAGUGGCAGUCAAGGAUUGUGCGGUCCCGAUAUCGGUGGAGUGCAGAAAUGUUGGUGCUAUUUCGAGUGCGAAGUGAAAACAUGUAAAGAAAAUUUUGUAAUGAGUGAAAAUUGUGAAGAACAUAAGUGUACUCUUGCUUGUAUUAACAAGCAUCCUGGCAAGUCAGCUGAAGGAAAAUGCCGAUCAGUCCCACCAAAUCUGCUAACUAUUUUUUGUCAAUGUACUUACUUCUGUCCUUAGAUUAUGAACUUAUCUAUGUAUAAUAAAGUUUUCUUGAAAGCUAUAUAUAAGAAAUUAAGUGAGCCUAAUUUAUUCUAAAAAUUAGCAAAUAAGGAUUACUCACA